GCCAAGCUCCAGGUUCUGAGACGGAAGGAGACGAGGACCUAAGGCCCAGGAAAUUGUCUGCCAUGACCUGCUGGCCAACGAACGGAACAGACUGGAAUGAACCUGAGGGCGGCAGAGACCUAUAUAGGGGCAGUCUCAGAUGCCUUAAUCUACCCCGAGACACACAAUCCCUAAAUCUACAUCACUGGCGCCCCUCGACCCCCUCCAUCCAACAGGGGCGGGUCCGAAGCCACGGCUCGGGAGCUCUGUACCAUCCUCUUCACCCUGCGUCAUGGAGAAGGCGGCGGAGGGGGGAGCGGCACGCCCGAGGGGGCAGAGCCACCGUGCGGCGGGGCAGCGAUUCACAGCUCCUCAUAUGGGAAGCGAAAUGGAGAAGAGCUCUUGGAGAACUAAGGAAGAGAUAUCAGGGAGGACCACAUGCAGCUUUCAACAUACCUCAGUUGGCAGGAGACCCACUUUAUGACAGACCUGAGGAUCAAGCAGAACAUCUGCCUUGAGAUGUGCUUUCAGAUAUCAAAGAAGCAGCAUGAAAAGCAAUUUUACAAAUUCCACCAGCUGGAACUCCUGAAGGCAUUUAUACAGAGAUCAAGCAAGGUCUUUUUGAACCUUUUACUUCAUUCCUCGAUUGUCUCACACAAGCAGUGGACAGGCAAGUAAGCGACGAAGCAGCAAAGCCACACCGGCUUUGGAGCCUUGCAUUUGCAAACGCCAGUGUGGAAUGCAAACGCAUUAUCAGUGCCAUGCCUGGUCAACCCACUGUGACUGAGAUGGUAGAGGCAUGCAGUAAGGUGGGCACACCUCAGCAUGUUGCAACAAUUCAAGCAAGUAUUUGGGGAGAACAAGUGGAAAAAAUCCUCAAAGCCCAGGAUGAAAAAUUUUCAAAAACUCUUGCAGCACUGCAACCAGCACUCCAACAAAUCAAUCUUGCAGAAAUAAUGGUGACAAAAUCUGUAGGAGGAUCAUGCUACAAAUGUAGUAAACAUGGGCAUGUCAGGAAAAAUUGUCCAGAACUUGAAAAAAACCACGAAAUCACCAGACCUUUGUCCAAGAUGUCGAAGAGGAAAACACCAUGCAAGUCAAUGUUAUUCCAAAAGGGAUGUGGAUGGAAGACCUCUACCUCUUCCGGGAAACUCGAACAAGAGCGUGAAUCGUCAACGCGCGAUGACAUAAGUGAUGGGGAUGACUCAAACCCAGAUUCCACUGGGGGCGCAACCAUCGGGGAGCAUCAAUUAGACUCCCUCAGCAGGACCAUCUGCAGAUUCUUCAGCGAUCCAGAAUUAUUGUCACCAGGAGAGCAAUGUGAUUUGGCAGCUUCCAAAAUAAUAUGCUUCAUGGAUGAGAAUCAUGCAGUGAUACCCACAGGGGUCACUGGAGCAUCAUGGAAAAGGCAAGAUUUUUUAAACUAUAGACAAAGAAAGAAGCAGUAUUUUAGGGGUCAUUAUUUAUCCAUCAAUCAUUUCAGCAGACCGCAAUGAAGAACUAACAGUUUUAGCUCAACCUCUACGUCCUCCAUUGACCAUUCCUGAAAAUACUUUAAUAGCCAAAGCCAUUGCUUUGCCAUCUCAUGCAACAGAACAAGUUAUGCCAGUGCUGGAUCAGCAAAUUUCUCCUUGUAGUGAACAUGUUGAAAUUCACGCCACAUGGGUGAUACAAAUAGGUCGGGAUUGACCCAUCAUUGUCUGCGACUUGAGUUGUGGUGAGAAGACAAUCUCAAUCAAAGGCAUUGGGGGAAAUUCCCUGUGCCUGCAGAGUGAGAACACAAUUAUUGCCUCAGGGCCAGUAGGAAAGACAGCAGUCAUUUGUCCUUUUAUUGUGCAGAAGCCUAUCACAGUGUGGGGAAGAGACACUCUAUCACAAUGGGGAAUGAAAAUAGAAGUGGAUUUUUAAUUGGAGUAAUUUACUAUAUUUGGGUCUGAGUUAUGUUUUAGUGUUCGGUUGAUAUCAAGAGUAAUUUCUGUAUGGUUUAAGUUUAGGCCCUGUUAAGUCUCAGAUUAAGAUUUAUAAAGUUUAAGUGAUAAUAGAUUUAUAUCUUAUUAAAGUUUUAUUCCACAUAGGUUUUAAAUUAUCCAAAGUUUUGUUAAAUUAUGCUUACCUAAUUUGCAGAGUUUAAUUGUUUUUUCUUAGAAAUAAGAUGGCUUCGACUGAGACAGCUGUGAUGUGUUGUAAUGCAUUAAUUUGGUUUAUAUUGUGUUUCAUCAGAUUUGUAAUGUUUUCCCUGUUCCCCUUGGAAACUGUAUCACAUGGUUUGUCCCUGCUCGGCUGUACCCAUCCCCCACACUGGAAUGAAACCCAACUCUGUUCCACUCCCACCUUAUCCCUGAUUGGGUAGUGGCUCGUCCCUGCCUCUAGGCCCUUCCCCCCUGGGGAAAAAGCCCUGGCACUGGCAGGGGGGUGGUCUCUCUGGCACCAGCGUCCAUGGGGAAAGAACUCCAGCCAGCAGGAGCAGGACUCCAGAAUAAAGCUGUGAUAUUCCACCCGGUGAGGGAGCAGGCUCUUUCCUUUUGCCAUUGGCGGUCAUCUGGGUCUCUCUAAAGAAAUACAACAACUGGCACCUAAUCGUGGGGCUCGAAGCCACAAGGGGCUCCCAGAAAGCUGGAAGAACCACUCGGAGAGCACGUGGCCAAGGAAUCUCACGCAGGCACAUGAGUCCCGAAACAUAGCCCACCCACGCUGAGACAGACCCGUCAGGCUUUGUGUUCGCUGUGGAGUCUCUGAAACACAGGAUUCCACAGGCAGGGCUGUAGUUUUCUCCUUUGGACACAAAAGACCCAUCGGAGUGCUGCAAAGAAGCCCCCCGAACAGCAGGCUGCUCCCAGAGAAAGUGACCACAUGUUCAUGGAAAGCCGACCCUGGGAACCGAGACUGGAAGCUCCUUUUGCACCAAAAAGGGUCUGUCUCAGGCAAAAGGAGUAAUUGGGAAAGAAAGGAAAGAUUCGUCUGAACGCUGGAUUUUUGGUGAGUACCACUUUGGGUUAUCUAAGGGAAAAUCUUUUUAAGAGGCAGUGAUCCUCAGGGAAAAGGGUUUUUUCCUUUGAGGGAAGGUUUUUGCUUUCAGAGUAAACCUUCAGGGUGCUUUAAUAGCACAUUCCAUUUCGGCUGCGUGGGAGGGGGGGGGUGGAAAAGGUAGCUGUUUCCCCUUUGGCUCCUUUUUUUUCUCUCCAGGGAGGGUUUUUUAACUUUCGGUUUCCCAGCCACAGUUAAAGAGGACACAGAAACUUAAAAUCUGAGCCAAAAAUGGGUGCUAGGCUGUCUGUGUCUCAAAAAAUAGUCUAUUAUCAAAUUUUAGGUGCCUUAGAUGAUAGGAAAACCCAUUGUCAAAAGAAACAGUUAAAAAAAUUAAUCUGGUAUUUGUUUUCUCAAUUUCCAGAUGUAUCAUUUGAUCAAAUAAGCUCCCCAGAAUUUUGGGAAGCUGUUGCAAAAAAAUUGUCUCAAUCAAGCUCCUGUAAUGAUAAGGAAAAAGCAAAUUUUGCUCUUUGGAGCUUGCAGAUUUUAUUUGCAAUGCAAAAACAAAAUGAAAAGAAAAAAAAGACAGUUCCUUGUGGAUUUUCCCCAGUUUCCUCAGUUUCUCCCUAUCCCGACCCCAAAAUCCCUUCCCCAAAACUGGAUAUUCCUCAAGAAACCCCUAAACUUUCCCCAAAACUCCCUUCUUCCCCAGUUUGUAAACCCCGGGUUCAGUUUACUUUUGCAGGCAGUUCGAGUGCACAAAACCCCCAUCUUAGUGAAUCCCAAGCUAGUCUUAGUUCGGAAGGGGGGUCACAAGAUGGAGGGGACUCCUUUGUCCAAAAUGGCCAAAGCCACGUGCUCUCGAGUCAUGAGGAACCUCUCUCUUUGUCUGUCCUUCCUUCCCGCAAUCCCUUUUGCAAUCCCUUCCUCUCCCUAGACCCCUCCUUCCCUUCGGUGCCGCCCCUGGCACUGCCCUCUCCUCUGACUCUGCCCCCUUCCCUCAAACCUCCACCCUCUGACUCUGCCCCAUGUGACUCAAGCCUCCAGCCCCUCCCUGCCCCUGGUUCCCACGGUUUCCCUGCCCACAGUCCCAGUUCCCACGCCCAUGAGGGGGGGGAAGGGGGGGGAGUCGAGAACCCGGAAGCAAGAAGUGAUCCCGGCUUUUCUGCCACCCCUGUCACAUACCGAUGGUCAAAAAGGGGGGGGGUGCUGUCCACAGUAACUGGGACCCCUUCCCCCAACAAGUGAUUCAGGAUUUUUGCAAAGCUCAGGCCAAAUUUGGACGUGAAAGUGAAUACUUUCGCAGCCUUUUAAAAGCAAAUUUAGCAGGGAAUCCUAUUGUUCCCUUUGACCUCUGGCAGCUUUUUUCUUCCCUCCUUUCGUCCACACAGUUUAGGCUUUGGGACUCUACAUGGAAAAAAAGAUUAAGAUAUUUACUUCCGGAGCUUUGGCAAAAUCCUGAAACGGCUGUUGAUAAUACCAAUUUGCCAAUUCGAUUAGAACAUCUAUGUGGUGAUGGUGAAUGGGUCUCAGAUAUCAAGCAGGCUCAGGGAAUUCCUUUAGCUGUUUUGGAGCGCAUUAAACAUGCUGCUUCCAAAGCAUUCUUUUCAAUCCAGCCCAAUGGGCCUUUCCAACCUUACAGUAAAAUGAAGCAGCUUCCAUCAGAACCUUUUGUAACAUUUGUGGAGCGAUUAACCCGAGCUAUCGAGUUACAGGUUAAGAAAGAAGGAGGCCAAGAACAGGUUCUGGAGGAGAUGGCACUGACCAAUGCGAACCAAUAGUGCAAGGCAACCAUCCUCAGCCUCCCCUUGGAACCAGUGCCAACCUUAGAUGACAUGCUCCACGUGUGUACCCAGAAGGUUCCCUUCAUGACAGCUCACCUAAACCACAGUUCCAGAGAUGCAUUCAGACCACCGCAAAGAGCUGCCGCAGCAGACACCAUGCCCCCUGAGCCUGUGCCAAGGCCACCGCCCAAGAGAAGAACGACGUGUCUCCUGUGUGAUCAGGCUGGACAUUGGGCAUCUCAAUGCCCUUUAAAGAAGCAAUUUCAGGACUUUCGGGACAAUGGGGGCGGGGGGUCUCAAGGGUCCAAAGGGGAUUUUUCCAAAAACUAAAAAGUGAGCACCUGCUUGCCCAGCAUGCCGACAUAAAUGGGGCAAGUCCGAGGAGGGGGGAUGAAAAACUAGAAAAUGCAAAUGUUAAAUUAAAUAAUCCUGCUAUAACCAGUUCUACCUUUCAGCAGAAGUCACCAGAUAUGACCCUUUCAGAUCAUGACGUGAGCAGACCCUGUCUAACCACAGAAUGUCUCCAAAAGCCUUUUAGGUUGCAACUGACAGAAUCCUUGCACCUAAGUGACACAGACUGGCAUUUAGGUUCAUUGGAUCUACAAGUGCUAGGCUCCUGGCAACAUGUUGGCAGUAAGUAUGUCAUCCUUGGGGACACCAAGUACACACUGAGAGAGAUCGAGAUCCUUCCGGGUCUUGCCUCAUCAAACCCUAAACAACUAGUUCCCUGGCUGCGCUGUAUCCGCCCACCUUUGUUUCUGCCUAAGGGGCAGAUAAUAGCUCAGGCAAUUCCAGCACCUGACCCGUUCCCUAAAAAAGACAUCACAAGGAACAAACACCUUGAUGUUUGUCCCACACGAGUUAUUGGGAGGGACAAACUCAUAAUAGGGUGUGAGGUCCGUCACGGUGAGGAAGUAGUAAACCUCAAAGGGGUUUUGGACACAGGUGCGUAUGUAACGAUUGCACCAGAAAGGAUGUGGCCCUCACAUUGGGAGCUGCAAAAUGUGUCUGGGCACGUAGAAGGUGUAGGGGGGAUGAAAUGGGCAAAAAAAUCAAAAAGUGUUCUGCAAAUUAAGGGGCCAAAUGGACAAUUAGCUACACUGUGUCCACUUGUUUUAGAUUAUUCAGAGCUCUUGUGGGGGAGAGACCUGAUGGCCCAGUGGGGGGUCACGAUCAGCAUUCCAGAUGCCCCCCUGGUUUUUCAGGCUGCGGCCACUGAAGAGCGCCCUACCCAGAAACUCAAUUGGAAAACUGAUUCUCCAGUCUGGGUAGAGAAGUGGCCGCUCAGUAAAGAAAAAUUGAAGGCACUUCAGGAGCUAGUGGAUGAACAGCUAGCUAAAGGCCACAUUGUGGAAACCACGUCUCCGUGGAGUUCCCCAGUCUUUGUUAUAAAAAAGGCAAACAAAGGCAAGUGACGGCUCCUCCAUGAUCUCCGUCAAAUUAAUAAUGUCGUUGAGGACAUGGGUUCUCUUCGACCAGGGAUGCCAUCUCCACCGAUGCUCCCCCAAAAUUGGAAUUUGGCAAUUAUUGAUAUCAAAGAUUGUUUUUUCCAGAUUCCUCUGCACCCUGACAAUGCCCCAUGUUUCGCCUUCUCGGUCCCUACCCUCAACCAAGAAGCCCUGAGGAAAAGAUACCAUUGGAAAUUUCUUCCCCAAGGGAUGAAAAACUCGCCAUCUAUUUGUCAGGGGUACCUCUCUUCCCUGCUGUCCCCAGUGCGUGCAGCUGUAGGAGAAGUCAUCAUCCUGCACUAUAUGGAUGAUGUGCUUGUGUGUGCCCCCAAUGAUGACUUACUGUCCCACGCGCUCGACCUGACACUCGAUUCUUUGGUUGCUGCAGGAUUCGAGCUUCAGGAGGAAAAGAUUCAAAGGAUGCUGCCUUGGAAGUACCUGGGUCUGGAGAUUGGUGUGGUCGUUGGACCAAGAAGACAAUGGCUCUCACUUACUGCUGAGAACAUGGACUACCUGUCCCCCCUCGGUGGCUUCAAUAGAUUUACCUGUUCCCCCCGUGAUUGAGGACUAUAAUAAAAACCGCUAAGUUAACCAGAGAUUUUGAGAGACUCUCCCCGACGUGACAGGCGGAUCCAUCGACCGAACCACGAGGACUCCAUCUCCACGUUUGCCCGGGAUGGCGCCACGGAGAGGCUGAGCGCCCGGGCCGGGCCGGGGCCACCAUGGACAGUCCAAGCGGGGGCUGCCUGCCCGCCGCCGCCUCAUCGCGGGUGAAGCUGCCGCUCGGUAUCGUCUUCUCGACGGCGCUGUUCUGUGGGGAGGGGGCGGCGGCCUCCGUGCUCUGCCUCUCCUACGGCCACUCCAAGGACUGCUUCUGGCUGGCGCUCACCGUCUUCUUCGUCCUCUGCCCCUCCGUCCUGGUGCAGCUCACGCUCAUCUUCGUGCACUGCGACGUCAGCUGCGACCGCCCGCUCGUCCUGCUCAUGCACCUGCUGCAGCUCGGGCCCAUCAUCAGGGGAGCCCUGCAGUGGAACCGACCUAUGCCACUAGAGAACCCGGUGCAUGACAUUCAACCAGGAGACCGAGUAUAUGUGAAGAAUUGGUCCACACAUCCCUUGAAGGAAACAUGGGACGGGCCCCGGCAAGUGAUCCUAACAACCUAUACGGCAGUAAAGGUCGAAGGAAUCGACUCAUGGAUCCAUUACACUCGAGUCAAGAAAGUCCCUGCACAAUGGGAAACCCAGCUGGUCUCCCCAACGCAGAUGAUUUUUCGCAGAAAGUAGCAUUUUUGAUUAUAUUGUUACUGGUAAUAACGAAACCAAUUCUUAUUAAUGGUUCUGUUGUAGUUGCAGCUACCGAACCAGUGGUGGAUGUCAUAAAUGGAAUAGAUGUGAACCUGACCUGUUCUGUAGCGAAUGACCAGAAUAUACAAGCAACCUGGAAGAAAGGUGCCAAUAUAGUCACGGUUUGGGAUAAGGAUGCACGAAGAGCAAAGGUUCAGAGAAGAAGAGUGACAAGGCAAGUAAUGGAAGGGACGGGACAGCCCGAGAUAGAAACGGAUCUAGAUAGGAAAGGUCAUGAGAACCUAGUAGUAGGAUUAAUCAGAGAUUUUGGAAUGGUGCAAAACGUAUCCCGAAUUACAGCAUGCUUGCCACUCCCAAAAGCAGCAGGAGAACCAAUCCCAUGGGGAAUUGUUCCUGUGGGACAAUUGCCGAAUGCCACUGUAAAUGUUACGUGGAAUUGCAAAGUUGAAACCAAGGAAAAAGGGGAAUGGGUAACUGUAUGUGCGAUCUUAGGUUCGUCUAGGGUAUCCAAAGAGCAGUGUGAACAGAUGCCAGGUUAUUAUGCAUGGGAUCACCCACAGAUACCAAGAAGGUGUUUAGUAACACCUGAAAAGACAACGUAUCCUUGCCAAGUAUCUAGGGUAUGGAAAAACAGAUAUGAGAAAGAAGAGGUAUGUCAAAAUGAUACUAAAAUAACCACCAUGGAAGAAUGGAAAAGUAUUUGGGGACCCAGUUUGUUAGAAACAUAUAGUUACUUAGGAAAGGUAAACUGGUGCAUAGAAUGGAAGGGAAAAAGAGAACAAGACUAUGGAAAGAAAUCAUCGCAGAAAGACAAGUUUCGCCAGAAGGGGAGAGCAGUAGGGUUAUGGAAUUGUUCUCAAGUUCUUACUUGUGAUACUAAAAAUCAAAUAGGGAUAGAGCCAGUAAAAAUUUUGUUACAAUGGGGAUGUGAGUGUAGGGGAUAUAACCAUUCACUUAAAGGAAAGAUUAGGGGCCGAUGGGAUUGUAAAACUACUACUGUAAGAAGUCCCGGGAACCUAGUCUGGGUGACAGGACAUGGACAUUGGACUACUCAUAUGCCAGUAGACGGGCCGGUAACCCAGAUAACAUUAGGGGUUCCCACAUUAUGCCCCUUUUGGAAAGAGUCAAAUUUAACUUGGGAAGAAAUUAGAGGAAGAAUGAAACGGGAAAUUGGAGAUGACAUACCAAUUGAAGAUGAAUGGCACGAACCUGACGCUGGAGUUGCAAUUGGGUGGGUUCUAGAAUCACUCUUUACACCUGUAGCUGCUUUUAGGAACAGAGAAAUGCUGUACAAAUUGCUGGGGCAAACUGAAAGAUUAGCAGCAGCCACUAAGAAAGGAUUCAAAGAUAUAAAUUCACAAUUGCAAGCCACAUCCCGAAUGACUUUACAGAAUAGGAUGGCUUUAGAUAUGCUAUUGUUAAAAGAGCAUGGUGUGUGUCAGUAUUUAAAAACAAAGAUUGACCAUUGUUGCAUCCAUAUUCCAAACAUGACUUUAGAAGUAGAAAAAGAUAUUUCUCAAUUAGAAACAAUUGAAUUUAAAACAAGAGACAUUGAGAAGGAGGCACAACACAAUUGGAUUGGAGAAAUUUUUAAAUCUUUAGGACUUUCAGUUUCUGGAUGGGUGUCAUCAGUGAUACAGAAUGUUCUGUUAUUUGCAGUCUUACUACUAAUUAUUUGGUUAGUGUAUAAGUGUGUUUUAGGAGUCAUUGAAAGAGAAACAAGAUGCACCAGAAGAGUGAUGAGGGCCUUAACAAGAGAUAAUGAGAAGUACUCGCCUCCUCCGAAGUAUGAAAUUGCCGUCGGGCGAGAAAAUCCAGCAUUUGAAAGACCCAACGAUAACUAAGAGUUGAGCAUUCUUGCAGAAGACUGAAGAAUGCUCAAAAGGGGGGAAUUAUGUUGCCAUCACAUUCAUCUUAUUCAAUAAACUGUAUUAAGUUAGUAGCAAAUGUUAAGAAUUGACAGUAGUUGACAUUAGUAGUAGUAGUCAUGCUAAGGCUUGGUAGGCCGCAUGUAACCUGCAGAUGAACUUUAUAGCAGAUUUUGUAAUGUAAGCAGUGUAGCUAAGGAGUGUAUCCAUUUAUCUAGGGAAUGUACCUUUGGCAGAAACCUAAAUGUCAGAAAGAUAAUUGUACCAGGUGGUAAAAGUGAAGUAAGAAUUUGUAAUGAUGAAGAAAUCAUGUAAAGAAACAUAUAAAAACCCCGUGAUUUUUCAGUAAAGAUGGGGUCUUGUCUUUGGACGCUAGUCCACAGACUCCCGGGCCCUCAAUAAAGCACCGCAUAAACGA